AUGGCAUCUCGCAGUGAGAAAUUCGCGCGCAAGCCAGCUGCGAAGAAAGAUGAAGCGCCGAAAGACCCGGAGGUGGACGAGGUAGUUAAGUUUUCUCCCGAAGAAGAAGCUAACCUGCUCAACGAAUCCAAUGAAAAGAAAGCCUCGGCAAACGAGCUAUUUGGCCAAGCUUCCUUCCAAGAUGCGCUAGAUACCUAUGAUGCCGCCGUAGCGGCCUGUCCGAACUAUCUGGACUACGAAAUCGCGGUGCUGAAGAGUAAUAUCUCGGCGUGUCAUUUGAAGCUUGAGGAUUGGAAGGAGGCGGUUAAGGCUGCUAGUGCUGCGCUGGAUGGGCUUGAUAAGCUACAGGGGAAAGGCGAUGAUGGGAAACCAGAUGUGAAGGAGGUGAAGGAAGAUGAUGGGGAGGAGAUUGAGGAGAUUAUCAGUGAGGGUGCUACGAAGGCGGAGGAUACAAGUGACAAGGGGAAGAGGGAGGCGGAUAUUGAGAGGAUACGGGCGAAGGCUUUGAUGAGGAGGGCUAGAGCUAGGAGUGAGAUUGGGGGGUGGGCUACGCUUCAGGGCGCUGAGGAUGAUUAUAAUGCGUUGUCUAAGAUGCCGAAUCUUUCUGUGGGAGAUAGGAAGAUUGUUCAGCAGCAACUGGUUAAGAUUCCGCCUAGGAGGAAGGCAGCUCAGGAGGAGGAAAUGGGAGAGAUGAUGGGGAAAUUGAAAGGGUUGGGCAAUAGUAUCCUGAAGCCUUUUGGACUUUCGACAGAUAAUUUUAAUAUGGUGAAAGAUGAAAAAAGCGGUGGAUACAGUAUGAAUUUCAAUCAAGGAAGUUCUUCAUAA